UUCCGCCUGCCCAGUGCUGGUUCGGCUCAGCACCCUCCACGCAGGUGCUUCCCGAGUCACGAGUUUUACUCGGGGCCCGCCUCUCCUCUUGCUGAUUGGUUAACUCUGGAGCUACUUCUGCCCUCUGAUUGGUUAUUACCUUUUCGGCUCUCCAACACCGCCUGGACCGGCCGGAUAUUGGGGCCGGGUUUCCGCUUCCGCCUUCUCCCUCAUCCAGCUUGUGUCUGAUAGCAGGCGCAAGCACAGCGGCCGCUGCCGGACGCCGUGUCUGCUGUUCGGUUGGUGUUUCUCUGAAAGUCGGUGCCGUCGAACUUCCCGCCAUGGCUGAGUUAGAUCCGUUCGGCGUCCCCGCUGGCGGUUCCGCCCUGGGGAACGGAGUGGCCGGCGAAGAGGACCCUGCCGCGGCCUUCUUGGCGCAGCAGGAGAGCGAGAUUGCGGGCAUCGAGAACGACGAGGCCUUCGCCAUCCUGGACGGCGGCGCCCCCGGACCCCAGCCUCACGGCGAGCCGCCGGGGGUUCCAGAUGCUGUUGAUGGGGUGACGAAUGGAGAAUACUAUCAGGAGACUAAUGGGCCUACAGACAGUUACGCAGCUAUUUCACAAGUGGAUCGAUUGCAGUCAGAGCCUGAAAGUAUCCGAAAAUGGAGAGAAGAGCAAACAGAACGCUUGGAAGCCCUUGAUGCCAAUUCUCGGAAGCAGGAAGCGGAGUGGAAAGAAAAAGCAAUAAAGGAGCUGGACGAGUGGUACGCACGGCAGGACGAGCAGCUCCAGAAGACGAAAGCCAACAACAGGGUGGCAGAUGAAGCUUUCUACAAACAACCCUUCGCUGACGUGAUUGGUUAUGUCACAAACAUAAACCAUCCUUGCUACAGCCUAGAACAGGCAGCAGAAGAAGCCUUUGUAAAUGACAUUGAGGAGUCGUCCCCAGGCACUGAGUGGGAACGGGUGGCCCGGCUGUGUGACUUUAACCCCAAGUCCAGCAAGCAGGCCAAAGACGUCUCCCGCAUGCGUUCUGUCCUCAUCUCCCUCAAGCAGGCCCCCCUGGUGCACUGAAGAGCCUCCCUGCGGAAACACUACAUCUGCAGCAUCUUAAUCCUACUCAGUGAAGCUCUUCACGGUAACUGGAUUAAUUAUGUUGAGUUCUUCUGGACCAAACCUUUUGUCUUUAGAGUUGAUCAUUGUUUGUGAUUGCAUGUUUCCUUCAACUGUUCUCCCUGGCAUUCAAGGAGGAGGGGAGGUGGCGGCAGAGGAAGGGAGGGAGGCCUCCCAACGGCAGCCUCAACCUAUGCUUUUGUGCAUUAUUCUGAGAAUAAAUUUCUGUUCCAAGAAA